AUGAGCAAGCCAAGAGUGCAUUCAUUCCCUGAUCUAAUCCCUUUUCUUCCAAGUCAAGAUCGUCAAGAGGAUCAAAAUAGUUUAGAAGGAGUGACAACAAACAUAAAACUACUACUAAAACUUCUCCAUGAUCACUGUGACGUAUCAAAAGAAGCCGAUGGUCGGAGACCCCAACGAGUCGCCGGGAUGAUAACAAUCCUCGACGAUGUGAAGGCAAGAAUAGAAAAAUCUCAAAAAACAAACAAAAGAGCUGAGCUCCGGCGAUGCAACACCGAUCUCCGGCGAGGCCAACCACAACCACACAAGGAAAAAAGGCCACCUUCCAAUGAACCCUUAUCUCCAUCUGAAGAAAAUCAAAAACUCAAGAAAGAGCUAUGGGCAAGCAUGACAGCAAGAAAGAGCUUAGAACGAAUGUUUUCGAGCCUUGGGAAAGAAAAACAGAUGAUCACUGCCGAGCUAACUAGGAAAGUUCAUGAGCUAAAGGAAAUGGAAGAACUUGUGAAUGAUCUGAAAGAGCACAAUGAGACUUUGUCGGAGAAAAUUAAAGCUCUUGCUGAUAGUAAGGAGAAAGAAUCGAAUUCUAGUGUGUUAGACUGUUGUGAUAAUGUGCUAGAACUCCGGCAACAGAAUAAAGAGCUUUCGGAGCAACUUGUGAAGUCAUUGGACAGAUAUCGGUCAAUGAAGAGGAGAGUUAAGGAUGUGCAAGAUGUGGUUUCUGUGAGCUUAGAGAGGAUGAGUAAUUUGCAUGAUUGUGUUGAUGUUGAGGUUCAGAAAGAGUUUUCACAGGUGGAGGAAGUGCUUGUAGGGUUUUUGGAGAAGUUCUCAAAGGAUAGCCCUAAAAGAGAGGAAUGA